CAAGUCUUUCUGCCCCACUGUCAGGUUAGUUGAGAAUUUGUUUGUCCAAAGCGCUGGCAGCAGACAUGGACAUGGCAGACUACAGCGAGGCUCUGGACCCGGCCUACACCACGCUGGAGUUCGAAAACAUGCAAGUGCUCCCCUUGGGCUCAGACUCCUCGCCGACUGAAAGCACCAACAUGAACGCGAGCGGCCACCUGGGGGCGGGCAGCCUGUGUGCCAUAUGUGGAGACAGAGCCACCGGCAAACACUACGGGGCCUCCAGCUGUGACGGCUGCAAGGGCUUCUUUAGACGCAGCGUCCGCAAAAACCACAUGUACUCGUGCAGGUUCAACAGACAGUGCAUCGUGGACAAAGACAAGCGGAAUCAGUGCAGAUACUGCAGGCUGAAGAAAUGCUUCAGAGCCGGCAUGAAGAAAGAAGCUGUGCAGAAUGAACGAGACAGAAUCAGCACCAGGAGAUCCAGCUACGAAGACAGCAGUCUACCGUCCAUCAAUGCGCUCAUCCAGGCAGACGUACUGUCCAGACAGAUCACCUCCCCGGCUCCUAUACUCAACGGCGACAUCAGGACCAAAAAGAUCGCCGCCGUCACAGACGUCUGCGAGUCCAUGAAACAGCAGCUGUUGGUUUUGGUGGAGUGGGCCAAGUACAUCCCGGCCUUCUGUGACCUGGCCCUGGACGACCAGGUGGCGUUGCUGCGAGCUCAUGCUGGGGAACAACUCUUGCUCGGCGUUGCAAAGAGGUCCAUGCUUUACAAAGACAUCCUCUUAUUAGGAAAUGACCACAUCAUUCCCAGGAACUGCCCGGAGCUGGAGCUGGGCCGGGUAGCGGUGCGGAUCCUGGAUGAGCUGGUGCUUCCCUUCCAGGACCUCCAGAUAGACGACAACGAAUACGCCUGUUUGAAAGCCAUAGUUUUCUUUGACCCAGACGCUAAAGGUCUGAGCGACCCUGGAAAGAUCAAGCGGAUGCGAUACCAGGUCCAGGUCAGCCUGGAAGACUACAUCAACGACCGGCAGUACGACUCGCGGGGCCGCUUCGGGGAGCUGCUGCUGCUGCUGCCCACGCUGCAGAGCAUCACCUGGCAGAUGAUCGAACAGAUCCAGUUCGUCAAACUCUUCGGCAUGGCCAAGAUCGACAACCUGCUCCAGGAGAUGCUUCUCGGAGGUUCUGCCAAUGAGGCUCCACACGCACCUCACUCCCUGCACCCUCACCUGGUUCAGGAGCACCUCAGCAGCAACAUCAUAGUGACCAGCAACAUGCCAACGCCCAUCCAUAACUGUCAAAUCUCCACUCCUGAAACCCCGAUCCCGUCUCCGCCUACUGCCUCCAGCUCAGAACAUUAUAAACUGGCUCAGGGGGUCAUAGCCACCGUGCCCAAGCAGCCAACCUCCAUCCCUCAGCCUACUAUUACAAAGCAAGAGGCCAUCUAACAAUCCUCUGAACCCUGUUUCCUUCAGUUUUCUUUCUUUUUUUUUAUUGUGUUAAACCAGGGUCUUUAUAUAUAAGUUUAUACAUUAACAGCAAUGAAGCUGUUAACUUGACUGAAACAAUAAAGUUGCUAAAUAUAUAGAAUAUGAUUGCAAUUAUGUCCCUUGCAGAUGUUUUUCUUCAGGGAUCUAUUUGUUAACACAUGCAGCUGCAGUUGAGCUCUACAGCUCAGCGAAAGCCAGACAAAACUAUAAGCAUCAAAGCUAUCCAGUUGGCCAUAUCCGGUCGGCGCGUACAGUAGAAAGACGUACAUCGUUGUAUAUAUGUAGUUUAUUAUUGGGUAACAUCGCUUCCUUGAGCAUGGCGUCAGUGUGUGCAGCAAGGCUCAUGUUAGACAUGGUGACGUGAUCAUGUCAGUGUUUUAUGAAUGUUACAGGAGGCCUUACAUUGUCAUGUAUUUAGUAUUGCACAGUAUUUUAUUUUAUUUGCAUUAGUAAUAAAGUUUUGUCAACUUCCAUUCAGGAACUCAUUUUAUCGAAGCUAAAGGAAAUCACUUGAACGAGAAAUACACAUUGGCAGUAGUCAAAUUGAACGUGUUAAAAUGGACACCGAUGAAUCUUUCUACACAUAGUGAGCUCUGGUGCCACUUUAUAAAAGUCACAGGCAGACACACUAAGGAAGUUUCCCAGUAGUGUGUUGUAUUGGUUUAAAAAAUAUAUAUAUAUUAUAUAUUUUGUUUUAGUACGUUGUCAUGGUUUAACUGAUGGAAUAAAUGAGGCCUGUAACCUGUACUGCCUUACUAAAACAAGCAAUGUUUCGCCUUAAAAUGUGAACAUGAUCGAAUUAAUAAAUCUCAAGAUUUA